AUGAUAUCAAUUGGCAAUCAAAAUAAUAAUAAUAAUAAUAACUUUAAUAAUAAAGAAGCAAUAAAUGAAGAAACACUUUAUAAUUCAUUAUGUUUUUUAACAUUUGAAUUAUUAUUAGAUUCAUUAAUAUCAAUCGGAUAUGAAAAUGAUAUUGAUACAAUUGGCAAUUCAAAAACAUCAGUAUUGAAUAGACUAGUUAACGAUGCAAGAGAAUUAGGUAUUGAAGAAUUUAUUCAACGUUUAAAUUUUGAUACGAUUACAGAAACAUGUUCAUUGUUAUCAUUAUCUGGUGUUAAUGGUGAUACCGAUGAUGAAAUUAUAACCAAUUCACGUAAACAAUUAGAAGAAAGAAUGAAAAAGGAUUCAUUAGAUCAAUUCUUUUUUUCAUUAACUCCACAUAUACUUUAUAAAUUUUGUGACUGUUUAAAAAUUAUAUUACCAAAACCAACAACAACAACAUCAACACCAACAUCAACAAAUGAAACUAUUGAAAAAAACACUAAUGGUAAUAAUGAACAAUCAUCAUCAUCAUCAUCAUCAAGUAGUAGUAGUAGUAGUGAAGAAACAGUUACAAAAACAAUAUCAAAUUCAAUACCAUCAAUUAAAGUUGGAGCAGAUGGUACAACAGUAUUAUCGACAUUAACAACCAAAUCAUCUUAUAAAAAGUUUAAAAAGGAUAGAGGAAUUCAAUAUGGUGAUAGUAUAGUUGAAGGAUUAUUCUAUGAGAAUAUCAUUAGGUUAAUAAAAGAGGAGAUAUUAGUUUCAGGUACUGAAAAUUUAUUCUCUUUUCUAAGUAAAGCCAAAUUAUUCUCAAUUUGUGAUUGUUUGAGAAUCACUUUAAAACCAACUGAUAAAAUGUCUGAUAUCAUCACAAAAAUCAUUUCAAAAUUAUUUAAUAUCGAUCAUAAUCCAUCACAAUUAUUACAAAAUCAAACAACAAUUAGUACAACUAAAUCUUCACAACAACAACAAUCAUCAUCAUCAUCAUCAUCAUCAUCACAAUCAUCAUCACAAUCAUCACAAUCAUCACAAUCAUCAUCAUCAUCACAACUACAACAAACACAACAGCAAUCAUUUAGUACACCAAUUAGAAGUAAAAGUAAUCUUCAAUAUCCAAAAACACCAUUAUCUCCUGAUGAUGUUGAUACUUCACAUGUUGUUGAAAAAGUUUUAGAAAGUGAAAAUAUUAUAAUUAGAGAUGAAGAAAAAGAAAAAGAGAAAAUUGAAAAUGAAAAGAUUAAAGAAACUGAAAAAAUUGAAAAAGAAGAAAUAUUAAAUGAUAAUAAUAAAUCAAAUAAAAGAAAAUAUGAUGAUGUUGAUGAGUUUAAUGUUCAAGUUAUUGUUAAUGAAACUGAUGAUUCAGAGAUUGAUUCACCAGCAAAAAGACCAUCAAUAAUUGAUAUUAAAAUGGGUAUUAAAAAACAAGAUUUAGAAUUUUAUCUUGUUAAAGAUUUAAGAAGUUGGUGUCAAAACAAAGGUUUAAAAUAUAAUGAUAAAAAAUCAAUUUUAAUUAAUAGAAUUUUAAAAUAUUUAGAAAAUGAUCAAGCAACAUCUGCAUCUGAAAACGAUGAUUCAAUCAUUGAUUCAACACCAACUAAAAGAUCAAAAAGAUUAAAAAAACAAAAUUCAACAAUUUCAACAACAACCACCUCAACAACUACUAAUUAA